AUAAUUAAAAGAAGAUUUGUUUCCAGCUGAUAGAUAGGUAGCUGAACAAUGUCUGGUGAAGUUGAGAGUGUUGAAAGUAUCCUGGAGAAGUAUAUUCCUCCCGGAGAAUUAGAAUCUAUAAAUAAAAUUCUAUAUGGAAACCCAGCUCUUGAUCUUGAAAUUCCUGCCGAGGUUCUCGAGAAGGCUGAGGCUGAAAACUAUCAGGUGAAAGCGUUCAGUAUUCCUGCCUUACCAGAAGAGACUAGAAGACCCAGGUUGGUUAAGAUUGGACUAAUCCAGAACAAAAUAGUUUUACCAACAGAUUCACCGAUUCAAGAUCAGAUUUCUGCACUGCAUGCUCGUAUUGGAGCCAUUAUAGAGAAUGCUGGAAGAGCAGGGGUUAAUAUAGUCUGCCUUCAGGAAGCAUGGACAAUGCCGUUUGCGUUCUGUACAAGAGAGAAGCAUCCUUGGACACAGUUUGCAGAAUCAGCAAUAGAUGGACAUUCAACACUAUUUCUAGCAAAGUUAGCUGAGAAGUAUAAGAUGGUUAUUAUAUCUCCUAUUCUUGAACGAGAUGAAACACACGGAGAUGUACUCUGGAAUACUGCAGUUGUUAUUGAUCAGACUGGGAAAGUGUUGGGUAUAUCUCGUAAGAACCAUAUCCCUAGAGUGGGAGAUUUCAACGAAUCAAGUUAUUACUAUGAGGGCAACACUGGUCAUAGAGUGUUCCAGACAAUCUACGGAAAGAUUGCUAUAAAUAUCUGUUAUGGAAGACACCAUCCUCAGAACUGGAUGAUGUACGGGGUAAACGGAGCUGAGAUCGUCUUCAAUCCAAGCGCAACUGUUGGUUCCCUAUCUGAACCAAUGUGGAGGAUAGAAGCUAGAAAUGCUGCUAUUGCCAACAGUUAUUUUACAGCUGCCAUCAAUAGAGUUGGAACUGAACAUUUUCCAAGGGAAUUUACCUCAGGGGAUGGUAAACCAGCACACAAGGAGUUCGGACAUUUCUACGGAUCCAGUUAUAUCGCAGCUCCUGAUGGCAGCAGAACUCCUGGACUGAGCAGAGUGAAAGAUGGAUUGCUGAUUACUGAGGUGGAUUUAAACCUGUGCAGACAAAUUACAGAUAAAUGGGGACUAAGGUUAACCCAGAGGCUUGAUUUGUAUGCAGCCAGCUUUACAGCAGCGGUCAACCUCGACUACAAACCUCCAGUUAUUGGAAAAUAGUUUCUCGUCAAAUUGUUGGGAUUGAUUUUACUUUUGUUCCAGUUGUUUUGAUACAGGGUGUCCCAAUAAACAUGGGAAUUAAGAGACAACUUGAAAGUCGUCUUUGAUAGUUGAAAAAAAUGACAAAAAGUGAAUCAUUAAAAGAAUGCAUGUCUUCUGAGCUCUUCAAAAUGUGGUCUGCCCUCUUUAUAUGUUUAAAAUUGACGAGACAUCAAACAUUUGAACAAUUUAAUAAUGGAGAGUUUGGGCAGAUUUGUCUAUAACUCCGUCAAUUUUGAUGAUGCGAAAAUGGUAGACCACAUUUUGGAAUUCCCAAGUCUUGUAGUUUUAGAUGUCAAGUUUUUAUCUGAGAUACUACUAAAAUUGUGUGUGUUAACGUAUAAUGCCGCAAGGAACAAAGACGAUAUUAAAGUCGUCACUUAAUUCCCAUGUUUAUUGGGACAACCUGUAUCUGUAAAUAUUUUUUCAGUUUCAGCUUUGAUAAUCAUGCAGUCAACCUAAGUCAUGCAUGCAGUCAUGCACUUACAUAUGUUCUUUUUUAAAUUUAGUUUUGUUUAUCGAAACAAAUUAUCCACAAUUUUAAUUAAAAGUUUAAUAUUUAAUAUUUUUUGCUAAAUGCUGUGGUAAUGAUUUUUCUGCAAUAUUUUAUGAAAAAUACAAUUAUAAAUCACUUCAAGAUGUCGGUUGCAUGUGAGAUAUAUUUUUGAGAAACUGUAUCCAUGUAAUUAUUUCUACCAUUGAUUGAUAUAAACAUUUGUGUUUGCUAUACUUUAUGCAAUAUGUAACAGAGCUAAUUAACUAAAACUAUUUUGAUGGACCUAAUAAUUAAUUACAAUAUUGCAUAACUUUUGUAUCUACACUGUUUGUAAAAUGUAUCUACAUAAAUUUUACAAUAAUAAAUAAUGUAUACAAAGCG